CACGAACACGCUUCCACGACUGCCACCAUCCUCACUUUUCUCCUACAAGUCAAUCUCACGCAACUUCAAGUCUGGCAAGCAUCACACAACUCACCUCGGCCUCAUCGUCUUUGACAUCGACGGAUCAUUUUGCUCGCUUCCAUUCCAGUUAUGGAAUAAAUUUGCGAAUCGUUGGAUGGAUUGGAAUGACAUGUUAAGUGGGAUGAACAGUGUCCAAUCAACCCCUUUCUACCCACCCCACGGCGCCCACUUCCCUUUUGCCUCUGCAGCAACAUCGACCCUCUGGGAAUCGACCUCCCACCUGGGCAUCGUCAUCCCCCUACCACUUCGGCAGCAUGAUCGUAGAUACCGACCACCUGGUCCCUCCUGUGCCGCCCUCUCAACAAGUCCCAGGUCCGACAUCCUGCUCGUCAUAUCCGGAAUUUUCUUUGGAGGUUGGAACAGUGGUGAAGCUGGUAGGACAUGGUGUUAGGCUGGUCUUGAAGUGUCACAUAGUCUAAGAGUUAACACGUAUGCAUAUCUUCCACCUUGUUCCAGGAGAUCUUGAGUUCAAGUCUUGUUAAGUACCAAAGUUUUGUAAUUACAUUAAUCCGA